ACAUUAGGGAUAACCUAUCAUCACAUAUUGAAAAAAUCUUUUAUAUGUGUAUCUUGAUUUUUAUUUUUAAGGUGUAUUUUAACAUAGAAUUAAGAAAUAUUUGUUUUUUCUUUUGUAGUUUCUGGGUUUUCUCUCAUGUGUAAUAAGAUCCCUCCUACCCCACCACAGUGUUAUACAAAUGUAUACUCUAAAUUUUAUUUUAAUAUUCUUUGAGAUUUUUUAAUUACAUAAACUUAAAAUGUUUGUUCCUGUUGGAAUUCAGUCUAACGUGUAGUGUGGGAUGGGGAUCUUGUUUGUUUUCUUCCAAGUGGAUAGCCAGUUAUGUCAGCACCAUCUAUGCAAAGAAUGUCUUGUGUACACUGAAUUGAAUGUCACUUUGGUCGCGUAUAUAAAUCAGUAUUGUCUAGUCUAUUGCUUUACUUGCUUUUUAUAUUUUUAUAUUAAAUUUUAAUAUCCAGUAGUGCAUGGUGGUGGCUGAUAUUUAUUGCAUGCUGCUUGCGUUCCAGGGAGGUGAUGAGUGCUUUGCAAGCACCAGCUCAUUUAAUGUUCAUAACUCUUUGAGGCCGGCACUUUCAUCCUCAUUUUUGAAACUGAAGCUGAAAUAGCUUCUUCAUUUUCUCAUAGCCGAAAAGUAGCAGAGCUGCAAUUCAAAUCUGCGAUAACAUUACUCUGUAUCUCAUGAUUUUCCCCGUAUUUUACCAUGACUAUCACAGGUUUUUGUUAAACGUGUUCUCCACAGCACUGGUUCUCAAAGUGUGGUUCCUGGAAUAGCGGCUUUAGCAUCACCUGGGUACUAGUUAGAAAUGCAAAUUCUUGGGCCCUGCUGUGGUCUAAAUGUUUGCCCCCCAACCCCAAAUUCAUAUAUUGGAAUCCUAACACCCAAAAGUAUGGUAUUAGAAGGUUGGACCUUUGCGGGAUGAUUAGGUUUUGAAGGUACAACCCUCAUGAGUGGGAUUAGUGCUCUUAUAAAAGAGAUCCCAUAGAGCCCCAAGCCCCUUCUACCAUGUGAAGAUACGACUAGAAGGUGCUGGCUAUGAACCAAGAAGGCCUUCACCAAAACAUGAUCAUGCUGGCACCUUGAUCUUGGACUUCUCAGCUUCCAGAACUGUUUCUUGGCGUCUCUGGGGAGCCACUGGGCCAGAUCUUCCUCCAGACCCCAGCUCACCUCUCCCCAGCAGCUCUGCUGGAGUUCACAGAUGUCCACCAAACUUUAGGCUUCUGAGAGAAUAAAGGUUGAGACCCAACAUGACCAUGCCAGCUAAUUGGUCCUCUCCCCAGAAAUCCCUGGGCCUGGCUCCAGAGGAACAUAGCAGCUCAUGUGAGGGAUCAGUGUCCUUCAGGGAUGUGGCUGUAGAUUUCAGCAGAGAAGAGUGGCAGCAACUAGACCUUGAUCAGAAAAACCUGUACCGGGAUGUGAUGCUGGAGACCUACAGCCACCUGCUCUCAGUAGGGUAUCAAGUUCCUGAACCAGAGGUUUUCAUGUUGGAGCAAGGAAAGGAGCCAUGGGCAAUGCAGAGUGAGAGCCUGCGUCAGAGCUGUCCAGAAGAAUUUUGGCAGAUUGGUGACCAGAUAGAGAGCUAUCAGCAAAGAGAAAAGAAAUCUUUAAGAGAUGUUGCUUUCAUCAAGAAAACACUGACUAUAAAGAGAGAUUAUGAAUAUAAGGACAUUAGAAAAAUAAUCCAUGGGAGCCAAAACAUUCCUUCCCCAAAAAGACCCCAUCAGUGUGACUUAUUUGGAAAUGCCUUGAAGCAUAAUUUAGAUUUACACAGUCAUAAUAGAAACAGUGGGUCAAGGAACAUUAAUAAGAUUACUGAACAUGGUAAAAUUUCUUCCUCUACUGGCCGUCAGUGUACUCCAGCAGGGGAGAAAUUGUGGGACCAUAAUCAAUGUGGAAAAACCCUCAGCUAUAAGCAAGCAUCCUCUCAACACCAGAAAAUUCACAUUGGGGAAAAAUCUUACGAAUGUGCUGAAUUUGGAAACAUCUUUACCCAGAAGUCACAACUCAAGGUACAUCUGAAAGUUCAUACAGGAGAGAAACUCUAUGUAUGUAUUGACUGUGGGAAGGCUUUUGUACAGAAACCAGAAUUCAUUACACAUCAGAGGACCCAUACUAGAGAGAAGCCCUAUAAGUGUGGUGACUGUGGGAAAGCAUUUUUCCAGGUAUCUUCUCUUUUCAGGCAUCAGAGAAUUCAUACUGGAGAAAAACUCUAUGAAUGCAGUGAAUGUGGGAAAGGCUUCUCUUAUAACUCAGAUCUUAGUAUACAUCAGAAAAUUCAUACUGGAGAGAGACACCAUGAAUGCAGUGAUUGUGGCAAAGCAUUCACACAAAAGUCCACACUCAAGAUGCAUCAGAAAAUUCAUACAGGCGAGAGAUCCUAUAUAUGUAUCAUAUGUGGACAGGCCUUCAUCCAGAAGACACACUUGAUUGCACACCGAAGAAUUCAUACUGGAGAAAAACCAUAUGAGUGCAGUAACUGUGGGAAGUCCUUCAUUUCUAAGUCACAACUUCAGGUACAUCAACGAACUCACACAAGAAUGAGACCCUUUAUAUGCAACGAAUAUGGGAAGCUUUUCAACAGUAGUUCCAACCUCAAUACACAUAAGAAAGUUCAAAUUAGAGAGAAAUCUUCCGUAUGUAAUGAAUGUGGUAAGGCCUUUACCUACAGGUCAGAGUUGAUUAUACAUCAGAGAAUUCACACCGGAGAAAAACCUUAUGAAUGCGGUGAUUGUGGAAAAGCCUUUACUCAGAAGUCAGCACUCACAGUGCAUCAAAGAAUUCACACAGGAGAAAAGUCAUAUGUAUGCAUGAAAUGUGGGCUUGCCUUCAUCCAAAAGGCACACUUGAUUGCCCAUCAAAUAAUUCAUACCGGAGAGAAACCUUAUAAAUGUGGUCAUUGUGGGAAAUCCUUUACUUCCAAGUCACAACUCCAUGUGCACAAACGUAUUCACACAGGAGAGAAACCCUAUAUGUGCACUAAGUGUGGGAAGGCAUUCACCAACAGGUCAAAUCUCAUUACUCAUCAGAAAACUCAUACAGGAGAGAAAUCCUAUGUAUGUUCCAAAUGUGGCAAGGCCUUCACACAAAGGUCAGACUUGAUUACACAUCAGAGAAUUCAUACUGGGGAGAAACCUUAUGAAUGUAGUACCUGUGGAAAAGCCUUCACCCAGAAAUCACACCUCAAUAUACACCAGAAAAUUCACACUGGAGAGAGACAGUAUGAAUGUCAUGAAUGUGGAAAAGCCUUCAACCAGAAAUCAAUACUUAUUGUGCAUCAGAAAAUUCAUACAGGAGAGAAACCCUAUGUGUGCACUGAGUGUGGAAGAGCCUUCAUCCGGAAGUCAAACUUCAUUACUCACCAGAGGAUCCACACUGGAGAGAAACCUUAUGAAUGCAGUGAUUGUGGGAAAUCCUUCACCUCUAAAUCUCAGCUCCUGGUGCAUCAACCAAUUCACACAGGAGAAAAACCAUAUGUGUGUGCUGUGUGUGGGAAAGCCUUUAGUGGCAGGUCAAAUCUCAGUAAACACCAGAAAACUCAUACUGGAGAAAAGCCCUACAUCUGCUCUGAAUGUGGGAAGACCUUCAGACAAAAGUCAGAGCUGAUUAUACAUCAUAGAAUUCAUACUGGAGAGAAACCUUAUGAAUGCAGUGACUGUGGCAAAUCUUUCACUAAGAAAUCACAACUCCAAGUGCAUCAGCGAAUUCACACAGGGGAGAAGCCUUAUGUGUGUGCUGAGUGUGGGAAGGCCUUCACUGACAGGUCGAAUUUGAAUAAACACCAGACAACACACACUGGAGACAAACCCUAUAAGUGUGUAGUCUGUGGGAAAGGCUUCGUUCAGAAAUCAGUGCUCAAUGUGCAUCGGAGUAUUCACACUUGAGAGGAACAGAAUGAGAAAACCUCAAAAAAGUUUUACCUUGCUUUAUGGGAGGGGAGUUCCUCGGGGGAGAUGGCCGCGCUGGUUGCCCGUAAGAAGCGGUAUGAACGUACGCGGCCAUCUUACCUCACUGCUUGCGCUGCUGGAGACAAAGAAAGCUCAACUGCAAGGGCCGAAUCAUCCGCUGCACUGCACAGGCGUAAUCAUGGCCGCCCCCAUCAAGCGGCUGACAAGCGGGCGCGGCCAUCAUACCUGCCAUUAACGCUCCGGAACCCAGAAUCCCGUUCUCUGGGAGGUUGCCAGGUGGCGGCAGCCAGCCUCCAAGUCGCGACUGAGUCUGCGCACGGUCACUCGGGAUGGGAAGAGAGAAGAGCUUGUACUGUGCAUCCCAAGUGUGAGCCUGGUUUCUGGAAAUCUGUUCUGACUUCAUGGCAGCUAGGAUGGAUGUUCCUUUGCCUGUGGUCAGGAAACAAAGAGCUUACUGAGCCACAGAUCUUUUUCCAAGAACAACAGAAAAUGAUUGAGUACCAGCAGAGACCUGUGUCAUUUAAGGACGUGGUAGUGGGCUUCACUCAAGAGGAGUGGCACAGGCUGAAUCCCGCUCAGAGGGCCCUGUACCGGGAUGUGAUGCUGGAGACCUACAGCAACCUCGUCUCAGUGGGUUAUGAAGGCACCAAACCAUAUGUGAUCCUCAGGCUGGAGCAGGAAGAAGCACCAUGGGUCUGUGAGGCGGCGUGCCCAGGCUGCCACUGUCGUGAAAACAUUUGGCAAGUUAACGUCCAGAGGAAAAGACGGCAAGAUGCAUUUUUGAGGCAAAGUACAUUCAUCAGCAAGAAAACACUGCCCAAGGAAAGAAACCAUGAACAUGAUAAGUUUGGGAAAGUAUCACAUCUGAGCACUGAUCUUUUCCCUUCAAUUCAAAAUCCCAAUAACAGGGACCCUUGCGGGAAAAGUUUGAACCAUAAUUUAGACUUGAAUGGUUUUAAGAGAAACUAUUCAAAAAAGCAAGAUGAAUGCUAUGGAUAUGGGAAACUGUUACAACAUACAAAGCAUGACAGACGACCUAAUGGAGAAAAGCUCUGGGAAUGCAGUCAUUGUGAGAAAGCUUUCAGCCAUAACCCAGCACUUAUGUAUAAACCAGCAGUCACCAGUUCUCUUGUGUACAAACGUAAGAGGGUUCCACCUACAGAGAAACCCCACGUCUGUACUGAGUGCGGGAAAGCCUUCUGCUACAAGUCUGAAUUCAUUAGGCAUCAGAGAAGUCACACUGGGGAGAAGCCAUAUGGAUGCACUGACUGUGGGAAAGCCUUCUCACAUAAGUCAACCCUCAUUAAACACCAGAGAAUACACACUGGGAUAAGACCCUUUGAGUGUUUUUUUUGUGGGAAGGCCUUCACCCAGAAGUCACACCGCAGGGAACAUCAGAGAACACAUACAGGAGAGAGACCCUUUGUGUGCAAUGAAUGUGGGAAGUCAUUUGGCGAGAAGUCAUACCUCAAUGUACAUCGAAAAAUACACACAGGAGAAAGGCCCUAUCGUUGCAGAGAAUGUGGAAAAUCCUUCAGUCAGAAGUCAUGCCUCAAUAAACACUGGAGAACUCACACAGGAGAAAAACCCUAUGGAUGCAGUGAAUGUGGCAAAGCUUUCUACCAGAAGCCAAACCUCAGCAGACAUCAGAAAAUUCAUGCUAGGAAGAAUGCUUAUAGGAAUUAAAACCUAAGAAUUGUCAGAAAGCCUUGAGUAAGAUAUCCUGUUUCAUUAUGUGUGGAGGAAUUCAUCCUUAGGAGAAAUCUUACUGAUUUGGUGAAUUUGAACCAAGUGUUUUACCAUAAGGCAAGUCAUUCUCCAAUUGUGAUAGAAAAUUUUAUACAAAAGAUUAUAGAAAAUACUUUAUAAUACAUAAACCUGGUCACUCUGGCUUAUGAAAGUUUAAAAAUAUAUUAAUGGAAUGAUAAAAUACAAAGUAUAUAUGAAGAAAAGUAGAGGUUUGUUGUUUGGCCCUUUUCUGAAUAAUAAAGUAAUGUUUUUAAUGGCUUUUGUUAAGUUAGCCAAAAACUUUAUUAAAUGUUUUUAAUGUUAAAAAGGCACUUACUUUGUCUUUAUUAUUUUAAUAUAUAAAUAUAUUAUUAACUAAAAUAAUAAAUAAUUUAAAUAAAUUAUUUGUUUUGCCUUUAUUCGUCUUGAAAAGGCAAAGCCAAGGAAUAGUUUCACAACCUGACACUGAGUGAACAAAAUGCUGUCAACUUUAUGACUCAGCACACUCAUUAUUUAACAACAACAAAGGAGCAUAGCCCUAGUACAUUGUGCACUACUCCUGUUUUCUUAGUCUUGCUUAAAAUGCCUGCCGCAAAUUAGUAGGAGAGACACUUUUUAUGAGUCUUAUAAUUCGGUAAUGUUUCGUGCACAGAUCAAUGAAGGAGAAUUCCUUUUUUUUUUUUUUUUUUUUCCCUGCAAUUUAAGUUGGCAGCAUCCACUUUUCUUCCCUAUCAAUUUCUCUUUGAAUGUCCUGGACACUAAAUCCCAAGUUUUUACAUCAUUCCAAUUCAAAGCCCACUUCCCUGAAUGAGGUAUGUAUGUAAUCUAUAUAAGAAAACAAAUGGCUACAUUGUUCAAGACUUGCCUCCCUAUAAGAAUGCUUGAUCCAGAAUGAAAAAAGAAAACAUAAUCACAGAUAAAGAUGUGAUUGAAAGAAUGGUUAAAGGUAUUUCAUGUAACUCUAGAUCAACAUAUUUUUAAAACAAGAAA